AUGCUACAACUCAUACAUCCAAAAUGCGUUUAUACUUGCUACAAUUCCUUCCAGCUGUUAUCAGCACGGCAUCGGCCAAAAUCGCCUGGUCACCAUGCGAGGGCGAACAGUCCCUGCACUGCGCAACCCUCGACGUCCCCUUCGACUACACCAGUCCCAACUCUACUGAAACCCUUCCACUCCAGCUCAUCAAGAUCCCUGCCCCGCUGGGCUCAAAGGGAAGUAUCCUCGCUAACCCAGGCGGGCCAGGACAGCCUGGGCGGUCGGGCAUUGUAGGACUUGCCUCUCCUCUUAUUGCGUUAACCGGCGGCGAGCACGACAUCAUCUCCUUCGACACGCGCGGGACGGUCAACACCAUCCCCUUCGAGUGUACGCAGGACGAGAUCAAUCGACAUGAAAUGACCAGAGGGAUAAUACCGGGAAACAGCAGCGCGGGAGCACUAGGGGCGCUGUGGGCGCGCGGGACCAUCAACGCCGAGCUCUGCGCGCAGAAUGCGUCGAGGAUCGGGUCUGUUUUGACGACGGCGUUUGUGGCGAGGGAUAUGAUGAGGAUUGUGGAUGCGUUGGAGGAGGAUGGACUGCUUCGAUACUGGGGGUUCUCGUAUGGGACGGUUCUGGGCGCGACGGUGGCCGCCAUGUUUCCUGAUCGGAUGGACAAGGUUAUCCUGGACGGCGUGAUGAAUCCGCAUGAGUACUACCAUGGAACUGCUAAUAUCGAAGAAUGGGCAGACUCCGACGCAGCCUUCUCCGACCUCUUCGCCCACUGCGUCAAAGCCGGCCCAGAGCUGUGUCCGCUGGCAGCACAUAAUAAAACAGCAGCAGCACUGGAGCAAAUGACAUUCCAGCUCCUCGAGCGCCUCAAGCUCCGUCCUACCACCAUCGGCCCAAUGAUAAUCGACUACCCCAGCCUAAAGGGGUAUAUCAUGGGGACCGUCUCCGGAAUGCAAGGCUGGCCGGUCUUCACCAUGCUCCUAGACCAUCUCCUAUUCAACGUCGAGUACGAGGAGCUAGAAGAGAUUCUGUAUACUACAGCCGCGACGUUCAGUACAGACCCGGACCUGCGCGAAGUAGGCAGAACAGCGACUAUGGGUCUUAUGGGAAUCUACUGCAGCGAUAACCAAGUCCGGACAGACUCACUAGCAGACUUCAUGCCUACCGUUCGCGCACUUUAUAAUACCAGCCGCGUAGCAGGGGAUAAUCCCGUCGGGUCCUAUAUCGGCUGUCAGCAGUGGCAGAUCGAGCCGAAGGAGACGUACCGCGGACCGUUCACUGCAGAGACCAAGACUCCGCUGUUGCUUAUUGGGAACACGCUGGACUCGCACUCGCCGCUGAGGUCGGCGCAUAAUGUCAGUGCUGGGUUUGAGGGGAGCGUCGUGCUAGAGGUGAAUGGGAAUGGGCAUACCUCGACCAAUGUGCCGAGUUUGUGUCUGCUGGAGAAGACGACGGCGUUUUGGAGGGAUGGGACGCUUCCUGCGGAGGGGACGGUCUGUCAAAGAGAUAUAGAGCCGUUUACGGGGCUGUGGUGGGAUGAUAUUUUAAGUGAGUGAACUUGUAUAGUUAUCGAUAUAGUUAGUUCUCUUUUGUACGUUAGUUUAUGCAUGACCCCGCAUACCCCGCCUGACAGCAAUAAAU